AUGUCCGGAUCUGACGCAGGCGACGAGUUCAACGAUGAUCUAGAGGAUUUCAUCGUUGAUAUCGACGGUAUCCAGGCUCAUGGAAUCAGUGCAGCGGAUAUCACGAAACUCAAGGCAAAUGGAUUCUAUACUGUUGCUUCCGUCCAUGGCGCUACGCGGAAGACCCUGUUGAAGAUUCGAGGGUUCAGCGAGAUCAAGGUUGAGAAGGUUAAAGAGGCUAUUCAGAAGUGUCUGCCCUCUGCUUCUGGGUUCAUCACGGCCAUGGAGCUGAAUCAUCAGCGCAAGAGGGUUACCAAGAUCUCGACUGGAAGCAAGCAGUUUGAUGCUAUCCUUGGAGGGGGCUUCCAGAGCAUGAGCAUCAGCGAGGUCUUUGGUGAGUUCCGUUGCGGUAAAACACAGCUAUCACACACGAUGUCCGUUGUCGCACAACUUCCUAAGGAGAUGGGAGGCGCAGAUGGCAAGGUUGCCUACAUUGAUACCGAGGGUACCUUUCGUCCAGAGCGUAUUGUCCAGAUUGCAGAGCGUUUCGGUGUUGAUCCAGACUCUGCUCAGGAGAAUAUCGCUUACGCCAGAGCGCUCAAUAGCGAGCAUCAGCUGGAGCUGUUGUACACUCUCAGCAAGGAGUUCGCGGCGGGCGAGUACAGGCUGUUGAUUAUUGAUAGUAUUAUGAAUUGCUUCCGUGUGGACUACUGUGGACGUGGAGAGCUUGCGGAUCGCCAGCAGAAACUUAACCAGUUCUUGAUGAAGCUUUCGCAUAUGGCUGAAGAAUUCAACAUCUGCGUUCUGAUGACAAACCAAGUCCAAAGCGAUCCUGGCGCCAGUGCCCUCUUUGCAGGAGCUGAUGGCCGUAAGCCCGUUGGAGGACAUGUCUUGGCGCAUGCGUCUGCGACUCGUGUUCUGCUUCGGAAGGGACGUGGAGAUGAACGUGUGGCCAAGAUUCAGGAUUCACCGGAUUGCCCUGAGCGCGAGGCGACCUAUGUGAUCACGAACGGCGGAAUUAAUGAUCCUGAUAAGAUUUAA